CCUUCGCAGCCCUGGGGUAGCCCCCUUUUGGAGCAUAGGGUCCCUUCUUCUCUGGAGGAGUCUACCCUCAAGCUCCAUCUUGGCCCAGGAUGCUUCUCCUUUCUAUCUCUGCUUUCCUGUAGGACUCUGGGGAGGGAGGGACAUGGUGGACAGAGGAUGUGACUCUGGAAACAGGGCUGAGGCUGGGGAGGUCAGAGUCUGGCUUUGCCUUCCAUAGUUACCAGUGCCUCACGUCUGCGUUCUAAGAGCAGGGCCUUUGAGACCACGCAGAGGUGGGACAGCUGUGGGACGACACGGGGUGCUCCUUUUCUCUGUUUCUGGGUACCGGGAGGAGGGAUAUCAGAGAGCCACCAUCUGGAGAGGUGCCAGAAGUGGUGAGCGGUUUCUUGGUGCCUAGGGCUUUAGUUCCUGCUCUGCAGAGGAAGCAAAGGGAUUCUGGGUGGUCAGGGCAGCGAAAGCACUGGGGGUAGGAGGGGGCCAGCACCCAGACAACCGAGACUUUAUUCCUGGAACCUCAAGGGAAGGCGCGAACCUGAGGCCUUCAUUUGUGUUUCUCUUCGUCCCUCCUGAAGAGUUGUCAGGCUCCUGUGCGUUCGACUCCGAGGUGCACUGCAGGAAAGAUGGCUCAGAGCACAGUGACUGUGAAUGGAAUCAAAGUGGCUGCCACACAUCCCCAGUCCUCUCACAUCAGCAUCCACAUCCACCAAAAAUCUGCUUUGGAACAGCUGCUGGGAGCUGUGGGCUCCCUGAAGAAGUUUCUCUCCUGGCCUCAGGCCAGAAUCCACUAUGGGCAGCUAUCUCUAGGGGUGACCCAGAUAUUGCUGGGGCUUGUGAGCUGUGCUCUCGGAGUGUGUCUUUACUUCGGGCCUUGGACUGAGCUGUGUGCCUCUGGCUGUGCCUUCUGGUCAGGGUCUGUGGCAAUUGUAGCUGGAGUCGGUACUGUGGUCCAUGAGAAGAGGCAGGGAAAACUGUCCGGCCACAUAUCACGUCUGCUCCUCCUGGCUUGCAUUGCUACAGCUGCAGCUGCUACCGUUCUGGGUGUGAACAGCUUAAUCAGGCAAACCAGUGUUAUCUACUACGAGGGCAUCAGUUCCACAUGCGACUCCUUGCAAUCAAGCGUGGACCCUGGGUAUGGGCCAGGGCGAUUCUCUGACAACUCAGACUGGAAGACAGAGAGGUGCAGAGAGUACCUGAACAUGAUGAUGAACUUGUUCCUAGCAUUCUGCAUCAUGCUCACGGUGGUCUGUAUCCUGGAGAUUGUUGUGUCCGUGGCUUCCCUGGGACUAAGUCUCCGAAGUGUGUGUGGCUGGAGCUCCGAGGCCCUGAUGGAAGAAGAGACAGAGAAGAAGCUUCUUGGUGGGGAUUCAGCACCUGCCUCCCCAAUCAAAGAGAAGAUCCCUGUUAUCCUGUGAUCCGCCCAAACCCACAUGUGUCCCUGUCCAGAGUAAUCCAAAAGGACACGACUGUUCCCAGGGCCUCUUCUGGCCCCGCAGCACACACCUGCUUCUGAUGUAGCCACUCUUUCAGCCCUCUUUCUCUUCCUCUCUCCCCACUGUCCUCACGCCAAUGUCCUUUCUUCCAUGAACAGAUAUUAUGUCAUUUUCUCCAAUGCUGAUAAAGCAGAAACAACCAGAAAAUAAUA